CUGAGUCACUUAAAUUUAGUCUUUAAACCCAAAGUUGAGCUGCAAUUCCAACCAUCCUGAGUGCUGCGAUGGAUCUCUUUGUCAAGUUUGUAAUAUACACAUUAUUUUUGGUUUGACAUUGAAAAUAAGUUUCUGCAGUCAUUUAGUGUUGCACUUCUCUAAAUUAAAGGUUGUAGCCCUGCAGCAGGUGGUGGUGUACCCCCCCCUUUGAGCUGUGACAGUUGCCAUAGGCUCCAGCCCAACCACAACUCUGAAUUAGAGAAGUGGAAGAAUGAUGAAUAGACUCAUAUAAAGCUGAAAGACUCUCAAAAACAGCUUCUGUUAAAGCAUGCACUUUCUCAUAUUGAAUCAAAUAUCAUCCUUUUGUUUGACCCUCACUGAUAUUCCUCUCAAAUACGAAGAGGGUGGCAGCAUUUUUAACCUCCGAACCAGGAUUCAUUUCUCCUUCUAGAAAGUUUCUUCAGAUGUGCAGAACCGUUACAAUAACUCUGAUCACAGACAGAAGUUCAUGGAGACUUAAUGGUUAAAAUUGGUGGAUUAGAUCUUUAACUUGAUAUUAAAACUUGUGUUUUAAAUAAAUUGUAGUGCUAACUGACAGAGUCUGGGGUUGAGUAGGUCCUUGUUCCACCUUUUUUUCUAAGUUUUAAAUUAAAAUAAGUCAUUAAGAUGUUGCAUUGCACUCAUAAUCUGAAUUGGAAUCAACUGAAUGACCCUCUUUUUGUAUCUUAUGUUUGUUUUGUUAACAUUUGUACAGAGUGUGACUGUAUAAAUAAGAGGCUAUAAACCUCCAGGUGUCUCAUACAGAACGCCUCCUGCAGUAUUUUUCCUUCUUACAAUAGACACACCCUCUGGAAAAAAGUAGGCCUGAACAAAGAGGUGCUGAGUGCCCCAGUGGCAUAUUUGGCAUGGCACGAAUACAAUACAGUUCUUGCUGAGAAGGAAUUCAACUUGUAGAGCAGCAAGAGAAGAUGAUAGUUUCAUCAAGAUAUACGCGCAAUGUGAUAUUUUUGCCCAGUCAUAAUGACUCCACCUGGGAAGUCUUCCGUGUUCGUGCAAUAAAUGUCCUGGUUACUUGUUCCACUGAAUCACCUGAUUUGCAUUCCUGCUUUUUUUACCCCUUGUUUGCUCAGGCUGCUUGCACCAAAAACCAGGAAGUGAGCAUGAGUAGCCUGUCUGCUGACAGGAAGAUGCCGGUGGAUCAUGGCGUUCAGAUCCGCUUCAUCAAAGACCUCCAUGACACAGGCGGCGUUUAUCCUGAUAAAUCCAGGGGAAACAACAGUGCGGUGACUCCUUCCAACAAAUAUGGUGUGGCAGUGAGGAUUCAGGGAAUCUCUGGGCAGCCUUACGUGGUCCUGAAGGAUGGAGAGAAAGGCGACUCAUACGGAGUUCAGUUAAAAACCCCCACCUCCAGCUCGGGGGCACCGUCACCGUACAACAGCCUUCCAAAAAUUAAUAAAGUUCCGAAAGAAUUCUUAAAUCCCUACACACCUGCUGACAACUCAUCACAGUCCCCUGUUUCCCCAGCAGAGGAUGAGGAUGGGGAAAUUUUUGGGAGCCCUCUCAAAAGACCUCCAGGGGAUGGUCAAGCAGGGACACAGGGAGAGGAGGAGAAUGGGAUGGGCAGAGAAAAACAGGUAGAGAAGCCGAAAGCUGAACCCCUACUCAAAGCGACACCUAGUGAAACAGAGAAAAACACAGACUGGACAAGUAAAGGAACAUAUAACGAAGCAGGACUUAAACCUGUCAAAUUUAACCCCGUGGGACCCAGAGGGGUAAACCAAACUGGCUCUGGUUUCACCGGCUCUUUGGGGAGGUACCGUGAUAAGAAACCAAAUCCAAAUUCUUUGUCACAGUCAUUCCCCGAACCUCCAGCAUCAACUAACGAGGAACCUGUCCCUGUAAUCGACACCAACUCCCUGGCUCCCAUCAACAAGCUCAUCAGUAAGUUCAACAGUGGAACACCGGGUAGCGCCCAACAGACCAGAGGGCGCUCUGGAGCGAGGCAGCGGCUCGGAUUUGAAGAGCGGAAAAGGUCCACGAGUCUUGACGCUCGAAAAGUUGUUGAGCCAGAAGUUUCCCUCCCCUCUCCAACACUGAAUCCCUACGCUUCACCCCAGUUUACCUCCUCCAGCAUUGAGCUCAAGAGCCAGGCUACUCCAGCAAGUAGCAGCCUCGGAAAGAGCCCUCGAUCUGUUGCCAAGGUGACAGCUUUUGAGGCUCCCAAGUCAAAUUUCAAGAUACCAGAGAAGUUUAAUGCCAAGAGCACGCCUCCAACUAUAGCAAAAAAGCCUGAGACACUUCCUAGAAGUCAAAGUGCAGAGAUCAUGCGUGGGGGAGAUACUCCAAUCAAGCAAACUAGCUUCAACAUCCUGAAAAACAGCAUCGGUGACAGUGAAGGAUUCCUUAAACCAAAAGUCAGCCCCAUUGCUGAAACAACCAGCAGCUUAAAGAAGGAAGGAUCUGAUGGAAGCCUCAAAACAGGGAAUCUUGAGGAACUUCAGGAGCAAAUCAAACGCCUCAAAAAAGAACUGCAGCAAGCCCAGGAAGAACUGGCCGAGGAGCGUAUCGCCAGAGAAAUCGCAGAAUCACGUCUGCAUAUGCUGGAAGAUCAGCUAGCUGAGCUUCAGGAAGAACUGAGGAGGGUUUCCGAAAACUCAUCUCAUUCAGACUCGAUGCAGACGGAUGUGGCCGCUCUGCAGGCCCAGCUGGCUGAGGCCACCGUUCUGCGCCAGCGUCUAGAAGAUACGCUACGCCAGCGAGAGCGGGAGUUGACGGCCCUGAAGGGGGCACUAAAGGAGGAGGUGGAGUGCCACGACAAAGAGAUGGAGAGUCUGAGGGAGCAGUACAGCCAGGAUAUGGAGGACCUGAGAAAAACCAUGGAGCAGUUCACACAGUCUCAGGAGCAGAUCGAAGAGGAGAGGGAGAGGGUGAACGCCUCCGUGUUGACACUAGAGCAAGAGCUGGAGAGCUGGAGAGAUCAGGGAGAGCAGUGGAAGACGGAGCUGGAGGCCACCACGCAGGAGCUGCAAACGACCAAAGAGGAGAACGAGGCGAACCCCAGCAGCCAAACCUUGCAAAAAUCCCAUUUGGAAAAGGAAGACUUGGAGGGUGAGCUAAAGGAUCUUCAGGAUUCAUUGCUUGCCAAGAAGAAACAAACGUCUGCGUCUGAUGAUAACCGUUCUUUAGCAGAGGAGCUUCGGUGUUGCCAUAACGACCUGAAGAGGGCUCGCACCGAUCUGGACAAACAAAGAGGUCAGCUGGACGAGAAUAUCGAGGCACUUCAAGCUCUGAAGAAGGCGAGCGGAGAGAAAGAGGCCGCACUUCAGUCCGAGAUCAGCAAGUUGAAGGAGCAAUUUCAGAAAGACAAGACUGAGCUGGAAAAGGCACUCGAGAAGGCAAAGGAGUCGUCAGCUGAUGCAGGAAGUACUGUGGUGGACCACGGCAACAACAACCUGGAGCUCCAAGAGACAAACAGUCGCCUGAGGGAAAGGCUGGCCCGCAUGACAAAGCUUCACUCCAGCAUGCCUCGGAGCCCGGAGGACGAGGAUGCCGUGGAAGCCCUGGAGGAUGAGAACCGCUCCCUGAAGUCUCAGCUGGAGGAGGCCAAGAGAGGAGCCGCCCGCCUGAGCAAGGAGAGGGACGAGCUGGUCCGGCGGUUGGAGGACCGAGACAUGGAGAGGGAGGCGCUGAGGAGGGGCAAAAGCGAACUGGAGGAGCAGAAGAGGCAGCUGGAUCGGGCGGUUGAAAAGCUUAACAAAGAGGUGGAGCUGAUGAUGGGAGAUUCUCGUCACUCGGUAACCAACCUGCAGAUACAGUUUGAUGAAUACAGGGAACGCUCGAGGAAGGACCUGCUGGAGACGCAGCGCAGCAGUAAGGACAGGCUGGCCGAGCUGCAGAGGGCUCAGACCAACCUGAAGGGCCAGCAAGAAGAGGAUAAAAUUAAAACCCUGGAGAUCGAGCUGGAUGAGGAGAAGAGUAAUGUGGAGCUUUUGAACGAUCGCAUUAGCAGAAGCCGAGAUCAGGUUGACCAGCUUCGUUCAGAGCUCAUGCAAGAGCGUUCAGCCAGACAUGACCUGGAAAUGGACAAGAGUGCACUGGAGAGACAGAUGAAGGAACUAAAGUCCCGUGUGGCAGACAUGGAGGGACAGCCACGACCCUCGGCUGGAAUCACACUUCUAGAAACCAAAAUUCAAGAGUUAGAGGAGAAACUACACAGUGAAGAAAGAGAGAAGGCCACGAUCCAGGCUUCUCAGAGGCGGACGGAGAGAAAGCUGAAGGAGCUAAACGCCACAUUAGACCAGGAGAGGAGCCAGCACGUUGAGCAGAGAGAUCAGUUGACGCUGCGCGUGAAAGCCUUGAAGCGUCAAGUCGACGAGAGCGAGUUAGAGGUGGAGCGCUUGGAGGGAGUCCGCCGUAAAGUUCUCAGGGACUUGGAAGAGCAGCGGGAGCUGCAGGAAGCACUGCAUGCCAAAGUGACAACGCUGGAGAGUGAAUUAAAGCGGAAGUCGCAGCAGACACAUCGCUCGACUCUGUCCUCCUCUGCUUUAAGCUCUGAGGACGAGGACGGUUUCUAUGACAGCAAAAUCUCCUCUGAAUGAGAGUCCUGAACAAGAGCGACCCACACACCUCCAACUGCUAAAUGACAGUGACUACUAGUAUGACAAGACCACAAAACUUUUUUAAUCUUGAGCAUAAACACAUUUUCUUGUAUGAGGUUCCACUUUUGCCAAAGUUAUGUUUCCCUUGUGUCUUUUCAACUUUAAGCUUUAAACCUGCUGUGUUGCUGAGCUUUCCAACACUGUGCAGAAAGAUUAUCUGAAAUGUAGCCAGCACAUUCUCAAAAUGUCAACAAACCACUGAAGCUGCGUCUGAAACCAAAUCCAGAACACAGCUUGUGUAACUGGAGUUUUGCCAUCAGUGGGUCAUUUGUCGGCUGUCAAACGACGGCGAGAUGACAGCAACGCAAAAGGACGACAUAACAAAACAAAAGGGAGCACGACAAGUCAGAACAGCAUCAAACAACAGCGGUCAAACAGCAAGAUGUUUGAAUUGAAACGGCGUGACGUGACCAUAAUUUUGGCACAUAACGAGCCUCGUAUGUGCACAGAAAUGUAUUCAAGUCCUCAGUUUUGUGAAGUCAUUUGCGCCUCUCAGUUGGUUUUAUUUUCAGUUCGGCGGUCCAGUCCAGAGGCGGGCGGUCGUGAUCAUUACACUGCAUUUUUGAGCCUUCCGAUGUGAUUACGAUCACGCCAGUGCUGCCACAUUUUAUCAUUCUCGAUCUUUCGUUUCUCUUUUACAUUGAGAAGAAUUUACAACUGCUGCAGAUUUCUACUUACUGUGCUUCAGCUUGUGUUCUCAAGAAACUUCUUUACUGUGUUUCUACAAUAAUUACUGUUUAUUACAGCGCUAGUAUCUGACAUUGUGGUACUGUUUAUGUUCCCGUCGUACGGUAGAUGUGCAGUUUCAUAUCACAAACCAAGAAACAAAAAGGCUUCGUUUGCUUCUGCAUGUUAAGUUAUUUCUUGUCAGUGUUUGAAGCUCUUAGUGUUUCUUUGUGUAUCCAAAGUGAUGUAAUGUUUAGUUUUUUUGUUUUACUUUGAAUGUGACUAUUACAGGCAACUUAAUCUGAGUCUUCAUUUUUACACUGGAUAGCCGAGCAUACCUGAAGACAAUCAAGUACACAUACAGCACUUUGUAGCUUCAAAGAUUAAACUUUUCCCCGUGAUGCUUUUUUACUCCACCCAUCGUAUUUCUCAUGCGGUUUCAUGUGCAUGUCUUCACUCAGAUGCCUUAAAAACGAGACCCAUAUUUUUAUUUUAAUUGCCGCAUGUGUUCUGUUUAUAAGCUGCUGCUGUAAUGAUUUAAAUAGUAUUUUAUAUGCUUGCCUUUGCUUGCGUCUUCCUCUUUUCGUCCCCUGUUGGAAGAGAAGCAGAUUUCCUACUCUUUUUUUUGCACCAGGUUGUCCUAAAUGUUGCUUUUAGUCUCCUAAAAAUAUUUUAUUGGAGUUGUUUAUAACACGUUAAACAUGUUACGUUUGUGACACAUUUGUUUAUACUGGGGUAAUUCAGUAACAAUGGUGUUAAAGUUAAGAUGAGUUUAUUAAGCUGACAUAUGGCACAAAACUUUGUAAGGUUCCCAACAUUUUGUGUACAAUAAAAUAAAGAAUAUGAACCUU